AUCGUCGACUUGUCAAACCAGAAAAUUUUCCAAUCACCCUUCCUAAAAAAAACUUAUAUAUAUAACUAAGAAAGAAUAUCAUCUUUGUUAUAUCCAUAGUUUAAAAUCAUGGAGAUUAACAGUGAAGCAAAUCAACCCGAAGAAUCGUCCAUAGGAUUCACAAAAUAUCUAAAUCGUCAAGGUGAUUGGUUAGAGAAAACAAGAGGCAAUCUGAUGGUUGCAGCGACGGUCAUAGCCGGUAUGAGUUUUCAAGUUAUGGUUAAUCCUCCAGGAGGCGUUUGGCAAAGUGACAUCUGUACUUCUGCACCUCCUGACAAUUUGUCUUGUAAGGACAAAGCUGGAACUUCGGUACUGGGGGACAAUAGUUCAAAGCGUGUGUUGUAUCUUGGAAUGGUUAUUAGUAGUACGAUAUCGUUUUCUGCCUCUAUGAGCCUAAUUCUUCUCUUCUUCAGCGGGUUUCUACUGAGGAACCGCGUGAUAAUGACAAUUCUGGUAAUGUUCAUGGUAGCGGCAGUUCUUUGUAUAUCGGCAGCAUUCUUCUUUGCAGUAGCUUUGGUUAAACCCGACGAUCCAAUCAUCGAUUAUAUGCUUGUAAUUUAUUUUGGAUUUUGGGUUGUGCUUUUAGUUUCAAUACUCUUAAUCCAACUUAUUCGAUUAUUGCGUCGGCUUAUUUGUUUGAUAUGUUGUUGUCGUCCACGUCGACGACGAUCUCCUCGACAGUCAACUCCAACUCCGGCCCAUUAAACAAGAGAAGAAAAAUCUCACGUGUUUAGUAUGGUGUUUAAGUUUGAUUGUGUGGGUUUGUAUUGUUUAAUUACUACAUCGUUUGGUUAAUAAUAUUAAGUGUGAAUCAUGACAACA